GCCGAGAGCGAGCGCGUGGCUUCGACGGAGCGAUCGAGUUCCUACGAGUCGAGGAAGAUGUGCAAGGAAAAGGAGACGGAUUUCUUUCUCUGACAGGAUAGGAAUUACGCGAUCCAACGGACGGACGAGCGAACUUCAUUGGGUGUUUCGAACAAGAGGAUAGCUGAGGAGGAAAAUACCUGCAGUUGCCUUGGACGACUAUGUAGGUUGGGGUUGCAGAGAAGGCAUUAUUUCAUCUCGUUGGGCGUUAUUGAACAGGUGUAGUAGAUUAUGUACAUAUUGAAGCGCUGCAUGGGAAUUAGUUGUGCGUCAGGAGAGCCAUUGAACUAGGCCGGGUGACCAGGGAUCUUUUUUGGUGCUGAAGGGUUGGAGACGGAAGUGUUUCCACUGAGUCAACCGAGGAGUCAUAGUAGGUAUAAGUUUUAGCCAUGGCAGUUGCGAAUGGCUGGCCUGAUGAAAAGUCAACCGAUCAGUGGGAUAAUUUGCGGAAGCAGGCGAGGAAACUGGAGAGUGAGCUGGAUGACAAGUUAGUGGCUUAUCGCAAAAUUGCAAGUGGACCUGAGGAUUCAAAAGAUGGAACCGAGGCAUGCAUCAAGGACCUUUUGAAGAGCUUGCAACACGUUAACACCCAGAUGCAAGCAUGGGUGUCAAAUGGUGGCUCACAUGUUCUUUCUCAUACUCUGGCCCGCCACAAGGACAUUCUUCACGAGCUGACUCAAGAAUUUGCUCGAAUCAAUACUAGAGCGAAAGCUAAUCUGGAGCAUGCAAAGUUAUUAGAAACCUUUGGCCGAUCAAAUAAGAAAAAGGACCCAGAGAACGGGCAAAAUGGUGACUCUUCAGAGCAGGCCUUACUUCGAGAGAGUGCGAACAUCAGCAGGACUUCCGGACAGCUAGAUUCUGUGAUUGGGCAGGUUCGGGCAACUUUGAGUGACCUUAAUAUACAGCGCUCGGUAUUUGGGGAUGCGAAUAGCAAACUGGGCCUCAUUCAGUCAAGUUUACCUACGGUGAAUAGCAUCUUGGCUUCCAUCAGGCGCAAGAAGUCAUUGGACAACAUCAUUUUAGCGAUUGUUACGUUCGUAUGUACUAUAUUUAUUCUCAUGUACUGGAUAUCGAAAUAGUCCUUCAUGAGCUUAUGGUUUGGGAAUCUCAAUACAGGUCUCCGAUAGUAGAAUGAAAAAAAAAACUGUAUAUAAGACAUACUACUUUAUACCCUGAUUCUUUCAACUGAGCAGCAGCCUGUGCUCAUGUUUCAAAUUUUAAUAGAAGGCCAACAGUGUGGACGCUUCAGUCCCUGUAAAGGUUUGUUGAGUGUU